CCAGCUCGCGUUGGCAUUUAAAACCCUAUGAUAAAGAACUCAGGCAUGUGUGUUAAGAAAAAUUCAAAUUACUAAAAAAAUUGGGUGUUGUUGUCCAGUAUACACAACAAUAAUAUAAAUAGGAAAGAUUCGUGCAGAUCCGUAUCAGGAGGCUAAGGUGGAACUAGUUGUCAACAUCUUACAAGCUAUUCUCAGAUUUGUCUACGGGGGACACUGAAAAUAGGGAAGAAUUUAUCGAAAGCGUAUGGCGAAAGCGUAUGGCAUCACCGAGAAAAUAUACUUGAAGAAACACAACGAAAAGCGAACGAGAGCGAGCGAGGGAGCCGUUUCAUAGGAAGAAUGGCUACUACCACUACUAUUCAACUCUUUAGUAAGUUGUGUAAGUUGUGUAAACUUACUAAGGUUGUUUUGUGUUGGAUGAAGAUCCAAAAUGAAUAAAGUUGGAGGGACUUGGUUAACAGCUUUUCUGAAACGUAAAGGAGUACCUGCUACUGUAUAUCGCACUUUUACCAAAGGAGCUUUUGGUAAUUUUGAAGGAAAGCAUCAUCACUUAUCAAGGAAUAUUGUGGGCAAAACUGCUUCUUACCAGUGUCUUAUUCAUCCCCUAAGCAAGACAGAAUGGAGUAUCAUUAGAAGGGAAUUUAGUGCCGUUUCCAAACUUCUUUGUAGGUCUGGGAUAUCUGUGCAUGAGCAGAGAAACUUAUUGGUAAAUAGAUUGCAUUCCAGUUCUCCGGGUAAUCAAAAUCUUGGAGGAAGUGGGAGUACUGGAGGUAGUUCUUCUGGUAGCAAUGGUGGUGGCAACAAAAAUGAUGAAGAUGAAAAAAAAGGAAUGUUGGCUAAAGCAGCCUUGUGGAUGCUUACAGCAUAUAUGUUCAUAGCCAUUAUUUCACUUCUGUUUCCUAGCAGCAAUCAGCCAGAGGUUGCUCGCUAUGUCUCGUGGAAUGAGUUUGUUCAUCACAUGUUGGCAAAGGGGGAGGUCGAAGAAGUAAUUGUGCGCCCAGACUUGGAUAUUGUUACCAUCAUCUUGCAUGAAGGAGCAGUUAUUAAAGGAAAAAAGAUGGAUCAGAGAACCUUUCACAUGAAUAUUGUAGACCUCCAACACUUUGAGGAACGGCUUAGGGAAUCAGAAUCAAGACUAGGCAUUCGGGCAGACCAAGGGAUUCCAGUUGUUUAUGAGAGAAGUGGAGAUACAGCUGGAAAGCUUUUGGCCUCAAUAAUUGUAGUAGCCAUCAUUGUUUCUCUCCUCUCCAGAAAUAUGAAUAUCAGAGGUCCACUUGGCAUUGAAGGAAUGAAUCAGUUGACCAGAGCAAAAUUCACAAUAAUUGAUCCCCUGUUGCCUGGUUCUGGACGUGGAGUAAAGUUUUCUGAUGUAGCAGGUGCAAAGGAAGCAAAACAGGAAGUUAUGGAGUUUGUUGAUUUUUUGAAGAAUCCAGAAAAAUAUAGAGAACUUGGGGCAAAGGUGCCAAAAGGAGCUUUACUGCUGGGCCCCCCUGGUUGUGGGAAGACACUGCUAGCAAAAGCUGUUGCAACAGAAGGUCAGGUGCCAUUUUUAGCAAUGAAUGGCUCCGAAUUCAUUGAGAUGAUUGGUGGACUGGGAGCUGCUCGAGUAAGAGACCUCUUUAAAGAAGCAAGAAAGCGUGCCCCUUGCAUAGUAUACAUUGAUGAAAUUGAUGCUAUUGGUCGAAAGCGAUCUAGUGGUCAAGGUAAUUUUGAUGGUGGAUCUGGAGAGUCGGAACAAACAUUAAAUCAGCUGUUGGUGGAAAUGGAUGGCAUCGGCUCCAAAGAAGGUGUCGUGUUACUGUCAUCAACUAAUAGACUUGAUAUUCUGGACAAGGCCUUGCUCCGACCUGGGAGGUUUGAUCGUCAUAUUCUGAUGGACCUUCCAAAUCUAGUAGAAAGAAGGGAAAUAUUUGAACACCACUUGAAGAGUAUUGUUUUGGAAAAACCUUCAACAUAUUACUCACGACGUAUGGCAUCUCUCACUUUAGGAUUUAGUGGCACUUUCCCCUGAAGAGCGUAAAGUUGUAGCCUAUCAUGAAUCUGGUCAUGCAUUACUGGGAUGGCUUUUAGAACACACUGAUGCUCUUUUAAAGGUCACUAUAGUUCCAAGAACUAAUCAAGCACUUGGGUUUGCUCAAUAUGCUCCAAAGGAUCAAAAAUUGUAUACUCAAACACAGAUUUUUGAAAGGAUGUGUAUGGCGUUAGGAGGCCGCGUAGCAGAGUCUUUAGUAUUCAACAGAGUUACUACUGGUGCCCAAAAUGACCUUGAGAAAGUCACAAAAAUGGCCUAUGCUCAGGUUCGUUCAUUUGGAUUUAGCUCCGAAGUUGGACAAGUAUCCUUCCUUGAAGAAGAAAAUAGGGAAAUUGGGAAACGUCCAUACUCUCAGAAGCUAGCAGCAACAAUUGAUGAUGAAGCAUCGAAGAUUAUAUUUGCAGCAUAUAAGAAAACUGAAGAAGUUCUCAAGUCUAACAUGAAGCAGUUAACUCUACUUGCAGAGGCUUUGCUGCUGAAGGAAACACUCAACUAUGAUGAUGUUCAGGCUAUUCUUGGACCUCCUCCUUACAGUCAGAAAAUGGUAGUCGAACCGCUUCAGUUUGAAGGUGAAAUCAGUGCAUGGAAAAAUGCAGAAAGAUGAAAUGGUGAUUAUGCUGAUAAUAUAGAACAAUUUUGCCAUGAGAAAUGUGGUUUUGUGAAUUGUACAGGUAAUAUGUAAAUAAAAAAAUAUAUAUAUAUA